AUGUUGUCGUCCGACCUCGGCGUCGACGUGAGCGGCGCGCUGCCGACGAUCAUCACCAGCCGGGCCGUGACGCCGCCGUUUGUGCCCUCGUCGCUGCACUCGCGGCCCUCGUCGCAGCUCGCUCCGCCUCUCUCGCGCUCGCCCUCGGCCUCGCGCCGCGCUCGCCGCGCCACGCGCCGCCCGCACACGUCCGACGGCGGCAUCGAGACGGACAGCGUCUCGUCGUCGUUUGCCGCCGCCGCCGCGGCGCAGGCACAGGCGCUGAGCCGGCAGGCCUCCGUCGACACGCUCACCGCCUCGCUGGCCGCCGUGUCGGCGCAGCGACAGCGGCGUCUCUCGCUCGUCUCGCAGCCACCAAGCGAGUCGCCCAGCACGCCGCUGCCUCCGGUCCCCGCGGUGCCGCACCACAUCCCUGCGUCGCCCGUGCUCGUCUCGCCCUCGGCACGCACGGCCGCCGACUCGCCGUUCCGCUGCAAGACGUGCAGCAAGCACGCAUGGGACGCCAGCAGCAGCCACGCCGUGGGCGAGCGCUGCCUGCACACGCGCACGCGCAAGCGCCCCAGCACGACGCCCGAGCGCGGCGGUGACGGCGCAGCGCCACCUCCGACCUUCGGCCGCAUCGCCGCCGAGCUCAGUGGGCUGCCGGCACCGAGCCGCUUCGAGCUGCGCGCCCAGGAUGCCGAGCGUCGAGCUCAGGCUCAGCGCAGUCCCGCCAGUCGGUCGCCCAAGCGUACGCCGCAGCCGACACAGCAAGCCGCCAUGGCGCGCACCAAGAGCCUUGACCUCUCGCGCCCGCGCGACGGCUUCGUCGAUGCGCCCGUCGAUGUGCUGCCCGAGGACAGCGCCGCCGACGUCUCGCCCGCCGAAGGCCUGCGCCUCGACAUCGCGCCCGCACAGCCGCGCGGCAGGAAGCACGUCGCGCAGGCCUCCGAGUCCAAGGCGCUGCGCUUCCACAUGCCGGCGCAGAAGCGCAGCUCCGAGCUCCCCGCCCACAUCUAUCCGCGCACACCGGCACUGCACGACGGCGAGCACGGUCUGGCGCUCUCUGGCGUGGAGUACGCCUCGCACAGCGACCGCGCGGCGCCAGAGGCCGUGCUGUACCUCCCCGUCUCGCCGCGCUUCUCCAGCAGCACGGCACACAGCAUGCCCAUGUUUACGCCCGAGGGCAUCGAGGUCAAGGACGACUACUUCGACCUGCCGCCUCCCAAGGCUCGGCGGUCUAGCAAGACGUCGGAAGAGCCAACCAAGGCCAAGCAGAGCUCCUCGAUACAUAGCUCGCCGCUCGUCACCCCUCAGCCAAGCAUCACCUACCACGCCACGCCUUCUCCUUCCGUGCGGCAGGCACACCACGCACACAACCCCCUUCUGCCUGCGAUGCCCUCGCCGACGUCGAUCCUGCAAGAGCAAGAGCAGAUCACGGGCUACUCGCUCACGCCGACGGGCUCGCCAAAGUCGAUCAACCUCACCCUCUCCUCCGCCGACGACUCGCCGCGCAGCAUCGGCCGGCGCACGCUGCAUCGCGUGCCUAGCACACCCCCUACCACGCCGCCGACAUCAUGCCGCGCCUCCCUCAAGAGUCCGCGCCAGGGCGUGCCGUCGCUGCCGCCCUCUCCGAUGCACGAGCGCGAGCUGCGCCUGCCCAGCCAGCUCCCCGACUCGCACGGCAGCAAGGACAAGGCUGCAGCUGCCAAGACGUCGCAGGCCCUCCAGGCGCGCAGGAUCUCGGAGCACAGCGUGUUCCAGUACAACGCUACCAAGGGCUCGGCGGCGCACGCCGAGAAGCACACCGACGUCGGCAGGAAGCGCGGCUUCUGGGCCGGGCUGAACUGCUUCAGCUAGCCCAAUCAAGGCGUCUCUGUGCGCAUCGCUACUCCUCGCAACUUCUUGACGGCCGGCCCCGCGGACGGGCUGGCCUCUUGCUGCACAUCUCCUGUACAUC